AUGUUAAAUUCCUCCAGUAACACCUUUCAGCAUAAAAGUGGACUUGCACAAAUGCUAAAAAAUGGAGUCAUCAUGGAUGUAACCAAUCCGGAACAGGCAAAAAUUGCCGAAGAAGCUGGUGCGGUUGCAGUCAUGGCUUUGGAGAGAGUGCCGGCAGAUAUUAGAAGAGAAGGUGGAGUUGCAAGAAUGUCUAGCCCAGACAUGAUUCAGAGUAUUAUGAAGACUGUUUCCAUCCCUGUCAUGGCAAAGGCACGAAUUGGUCACUUCGUUGAAGCUCAGAUAUUGGAGAAGGUUGGUGUGGAUUUUGUUGAUGAAUCUGAAGUGCUCACGGUUGCAGAUAAGAAGAAGCACAUUGAGAAAUCGAAGUUCAAAGUUCCGUUUGUCUGUGGAGCUAGGAACCUUUAUGAGGCUUUAAGAAGAAUCGAGGAGGGAGCAGCAAUGAUCCGUACUAAAGGUGAGGCAGGGACUGGAGAUGUGAGUGAAGCUGUAUCGCAUAUUAGAAUGAUUCAAGCCCAGAUUGAAGAGGUUAUAAACCUUUUCCCCAAGGGCAUCUAUGUCGAUGACCCUAAGCUAAUAAGCUUUGCUGCAAAGAACGAUGUUAAACCUGAAUCAAUCAUUAAUUUAAUAGAAAGUAAUGGUAAGCUUCCAGUGGUUGAUUUUGCUGCUGGUGGAAUUGCUUCCCCGGCAGAUGCCGCUUUAUGUAUGCAAUUAGGCUGCGAUGGUGUAUUUGUCGGAUCUGGAAUUUUCAAGAGCUCCAAUCCUCGAAUGUUGGCAAAAGCCAUCGUCAAUGCAGUUAAUGACUUUGACGAACCAGAAAAGCUUCUACAGUGUAGCAAAGGCCUUGGAAAGUUGAUGUUUGGGGUGCAGAUCUCUGGUUUGGCCAAAAGUGAAAUUAUGGCUACCAGAGGUUAA